CUGACUCACUGCUGCUAAUUUAAUUCCUCUGCUUCAUUCCAAGGAUUCCAGAGGAAAACUGUCACCUUUCCAAAAUACCACGCAGGCCUGUUGCUUCUUUGCGUACACUACCACAUCUUAGAUCUUCUUUUUUCCAAUCCUAAUGAGUGGGCAGGAACUUCUUUGAUGAGCCAAAAUUAACCCUGCUAGUGGAGCGCUUCAUUAUUCUCCCUCACUCUUUUUUUCUCCCUUGCCCUCCACAACUUUUUUUUUAAAAUAAAGCAAAGUUCAGAGAAAGUUUCUCCUUUCCUUUUUCCCUUUUCUCCUCUACUAGCACACACAAAACCAACCUCUUGAGUGUCUUCUGAAAAUAUUUCUCCUGACAUUAUAGGGCCUGGCAGCUGGGCAAAGGAGGCCAGCCCCUCCAGAGAGAUGGGGGAUGCUGGGGAGAAGGGUCUGGAUAAUGAUGCCGAAGGGGUAUGGAGCCCUGACAUCGAGCAGAGUUUCCAGGAGGCACUGGCAAUCUACCCACCCUGCGGGAGGCGCAAAAUCAUUCUUUCAGACGAGGGAAAGAUGUACGGUCGUAACGAGCUGAUUGCCCGUUACAUCAAGCUGAGGACUGGGAAAACACGGACAAGGAAACAGGUCUCCAGUCACAUCCAGGUGUUGGCACGGCGAAAAACACGAGAGAUUCAGGCUAAGCUCAAAGAUCAAGUGGCAAAGGACAAAGCUCUUCAGAGUAUGGCAACCAUGUCUUCUGCUCAGCUUGUUUCUGCCACCGUCCUCCAGGAGAAACUAGGCCUGUCGGAACCCCACUACCCACCCAGCACCACUACCCAAUCCACAGACUUUUUCCAUUUCUGGGCAGGCGAUGUAAACCAGGCCCAAACUACUCCAGACAUCAAGCCCAUCCUCCAGGCACCAUAUCCCAUCGCACCAAUUGCAGCAUCACCUGCUGCCCCAGGUUAUCACACCCCCCCAGGGAGAGUCUCCUGUCUCCCCACCACUACCCCUUGGCCAGGAAGCCAUAUUGGUACUGAAACACUUCGACUGGUGGAGUUUACUGCUUUUGUGGAGCGGCAGAGUGAACAAGAUGCGUGUAAGCAGCAGCAUCGUUUUGUUCACAUUGACCCGACACCCACGUCUGAGCCACCCCUGGAGAUGGUGGACGUACGCCAAAUCUAUGACAAAUUUCCUGAGAGAGGGGGUGGACUGCGAGAUCUGUAUGAUCAAGGGCCUCCUCAUGCUUUCUUCUUGGUUAAAUUCUGGGCUGACCUAAGCUUUUCCCUCCUUGAAGAAGAACCUGGAGGCACAGGAGGGGCCUUCUAUGGGGUGAGCAGCCGAUACGAGGGCCCACGGGCUCUGACCCUGAGUUGCACCUCCAAAGUCUGCUCGUUUGGCAAACAGGUGGUGGAAAAACUGGAGACAGCCGAGCCUCCUCACUGGGAAGAUGGGCGCUUUGUUUUCCAUAUGCAACGCUCACCGCUCUGCGAGUACCUCAUUAAUUUUAUUCGCAAACUACGAACACUGCCAGAAAAACCAAUGAUGGAUAGUGUGCUUGAAAAUUUCACCAUCCUGCAGGUUUUGCGGGAUCAAGAAACUCAGGAGUUACUACUGUGUGUGGCCUUUGUGUUUGAAGUGUCUGCCAGCGAACGGGGAGCACAGCAUCACAUCUACCGGCUGGGCCGGGACUGAGAAAUAGUUUUCACCAUGCUCAACAAAAAACCAACCAACCAACCAGGCCAUCUUCCUCUUAUCUCACCACAUCCUACUGGCUGGCAGAACAGGCGGCUGAACUGCCAGAAAACCUGCUGAGCCCUUUCAUACCAACUUUCAAGUUUACUAAUGGAUACCUCUCUGUUUGAUGACCACAAAACCAGGCUUUAGAUCUAAACAGGCACCGUUCUUCAGCAGACCAUCCUGCAGCUGUGGCAGUGUGGUAGUAGCCAUGGGGCCUUUCAACAGGUAUACUUAGGGAAGAAUACUCUUUUGGUCAAGUCAACUCCAGAACCUUGAGGACAAUAUUAAUCUCUAUGCCACGUGUAUCAUUACAACUUUCCUCUAAGAAUAUCCCCCAUGUGAUUGCCUCUCUGGGAUUUAACACUCCGUUGCAGGAAGAAAUCAUACUUCUUAGUACUCCUGUUUUGUAAGACAGUCAGGUUUUGAUGUACAUUUAUAAUUUAAUUCUCGCAAAAAGCUAAAGUGUAAACCCAUUUCUGCACUGAGCUGUACUAUGUCAGGUUCUAGGCAAAGGUUUAUAUCAGGAUACAUAACCUGAUGCUUCCGAUCCACAUGUCACACACACACACAUCCACCAAACUGUAAGAUUUAAAGUGAUGUAAGUUGAAGUCUGUUAUAUACAUGGGCAGUAAUGAUAUUAAGGUUUAACACAGCUUUUAAAUCAAAUUUAAAUUCUUGUCCUCUUGGAUUGAUCUCCUUUUUGGAGUAGAGCCUGCAGCAAGCCCUGCAAAAGCCUUUUACUAAAUCAAAUUCUCCAAGCUGAAGUUGCAUUUGGAAAUGAGAGUUCAGAAGCCUAACUUCUCCUUUGCUGCCUAGGAGUUUAAGGCCCAUGUGGGUGGUAUUUCAAAAGUAGAAAAACAAUUCACACUGUAGAAAGGUAUUGCCUUGCAAAAGAGUCAGGCAUCACUUACACAUUGAGUAUGAGAUCAUGUAGUAAGCUAUGUAUCUUUGAAGUGCAGGUGGGAGGCAUUUUAAUAUUCCUAUGAAUAAAGAUUUGCAAGAGCAUUAACAACUUGAAACAGAAAAGUUAUCUUCUAGCCCUCUUUCUUCUGCACUACUUUUCUGCUUCCAAGGAGUUUUAUAUCUAAGGAAGCAUUUAAAAAAAAUUGUUGCCCAAAUUUUGGGGAAUGAAUGGAAUUAUGUUUUCAGAUUUGGAAUUAAGAUUAUCACCUUGUUCUACUCCAUGUGUAGUCCCAAGCUUAGAUGAAACAAAAAUAUAAAAGCUAAGCUAAGCUUUGUUUAAAAGUGCAAUGUGAAUAAGCCUUAUUUGGCCAAAUGUAUUUUGACAGAUUAUCACCUUUUCUGUUUUUGACAUUCAAAGUUGCUGCUGUCUCUCCCUCUUUGGUGGGAAAGGGGGAAAUGAUGUCCUGCAUAAAAUUUAUUUUGACAUUAA